GACAUCUACUCGCUGGAGAACCCCUCGCCGGCGGACUACGGCCCCGUGCGCACGCUUUGCCUCGGCGCGCCCUGCAGCGUCUGUGGCGCUCCCGUCUGCGCGGCUGGCAGCUGCUCCUUGUUCUACAGCGCGCGCUUCUGCAGGCCGUGCGCGGCGGCCGCGCGGGGAUCCCUGCCCUCGUUCUUGGACAAGGACCUGCAGAGGCUGCUCGGCGGACAGCAGGGCCCGGAGAGGCUUUCGGGAAGGUCAACUCGUACGAGCACGGCCAGCUGCAGGCGUUCUACGAGGAAUUCCUGGCCUACCUCGACCUGGCGCAGGUGA